AUGAUUUUUCUGAAGGUAGCACCUAUAAAGGGUGUUCUAAGAUUCGAGAAGAAAGGGAAGUUGAGUCCACGUUUUGUAGGGUCGUUUGAGAUUCUUGAAAGGAUUGGCCCUGUAGCUUAUCAUUUGGCCUUGCCUCCGCAAUUAUCUGCAGUUCAUGAUGUGUUUCAUGUCUCCAUGCUGAGGAAGUAUGUGGCAGAUCCCUCACAUAUAGUCGACUACAAACCGUUGCAAAUUAACGACAACUUAAGCUAUGAGGAGCGGCCAGUUGAGAUUUUGGCUAAGGAAGUUAAACUGCUUUGUAACAGCGGAAUUACAUUGGUCAAGGUUUUGUGGCGAAACCACGAGGUUGAGGAAGCUACUUGA